AUUUCGUGAAUGAAAACUGAGGUAGAAAGAAAAGCUUUUAUUCGUGAUACGUAUCUGUGGAUGUAAUCUUUCCAACAAUAGUUGUUUAACCCAUUUGUAUACAUUUGCUCAGUUUAUUAUUUUAUCUCAUCUCUAUAUCUCUUGGUAGUCUACAUUCCAGUGGAUUUUAUGCAUUGAAUCAAUUAGAUACAGACAGACAGCUUAUAUAUAAUGGCUCGUAUUUCAAAACCUACGCGAAUCUGUUUGAUUUUGUCAGCAGUCGCAUUGCUUUUCUUAGCCUUAUUAUGCGUAAUUGGGAUAUUUACAUUCAACUACUUGUUUACUUAUAUGAUUUCAAAGAAACUUGCUAUUAUACCCGGUAAUGAAGUUUACGACAACUGGUUAUCACCAAGUGUGCCUGUGUAUUUUUCAGUAUACUUUUAUAAUCUGACUAAUCCUCAAGAAGUCCUCAGCGGCGAACGGCCAAAGUUUUCAGAAGUUGGACCUUAUGUUUAUCGAGAGGAUCGACAACGAAUUAUGGUAAAUUUCUCCAAGGAAUCUCCUCCCAAAAGAGUGGAAUUUCGACAUAGGAUUUUCUACUAUUUUCAGCGUGAUCUUUCUGUCGGCCCUGAUGAUGAAGGACUCAUAACAAGUCUUGAUUUAGUGACAGUAGGUGCGAACGCUCUUCCAAGUACCUACAAGUCUAUUGCAAUUUUCUACACAUUUUCACCAUUUGUGACUCGGUCGCCUCGUGAAAUCUUGUGGGGUUAUGAAGACUCAUUCCUAAAAGUUUGUGCUGGUUUAAAAUUUUGUGAAAGCAGUCUAGGUGGUAUGAUGGCCGAGAAAAAUGGUACAAAGUUUUUUGAUUUAGAAAUCGACACCGGUGUCGAUAAUAUAUCAAACGUUGGAAAAGUAUUAAAGUACAACGGGUUAACAGAGUUGGAUUAUUGGCGUACGACUCAUGCUAAUAUGAUAAAUGGUACAGAUGGUAGUACUAUUGCGCCAGGAUUGAACAUGGCUUCUCGAAUAUACUUCUUCGUUCCUGACUUUUGUAGAUCUUUUUACUCACAGGCUGCCGGUUGGGCUACUGCAAAGCACGACAGUAGUGUACAUUUACUUAGAUUUUCCUCUCCACGUGAACAGUCGCUAAAUGCAACACUAAAUCCUCAUAAUCAAGCAUUUUGUCCAAAGGUAAAGGCUGGUCCAGAAUGUCCUCCAACUGGAAUGAUCCCCCUAUCACCGUGUUCUAACCCAAAGAUUGCGGUCCCGAUAUUUGCCUCUCAGCCACACUUUUUAGGAGCGGAUCCACACAUUCGUGAGGCUAUGGAUGGAAUAAGAGAACCAAAUGAAACACUCGACUCUACUGUAUUACUUAUUGAACCGAAUACUGGAUUCAUUUUGGAAGCCUACAAAAAGGUCCAGAUUAAUGUUUAUGUUGAAAAUGAUGGUGAUUUGGGUGAAGUCUACGGAAACAUGAAAGGACCAUACUUUUUCCCUUUAACCUGGUUCACUGAGUAUGCAGUAGCUGAUGAAAAGGCACUGAAAAAAAUAUCGAAUUAUAUUCUUAAACCAAAGAAAGUAAUACCUAUUGUUUUGGCAACUGUUGCUUCGUUGGCGCUUGUGUCAGCUAUUAUCUUGAUUGUUGUUCUCCUCACACGUUAUGAUCGAAAGAAGACUGACACCUCUUCUGUUCAUGCUCAAAGUGGGUCUGGAUUCUUACCGGGCAACAUUACAUACCAUGAUAAAACAGGUGAUAGCCCGUUUGAUCAGUGGACAAUUAAACCCUCACCAGAACAUGAUGCUAAUCAGGUUACCGAAUCAAGACCUUUGCUCAAGCCUUCUGAUUCGGCUGGAAAGGCUGUUGCCUAGGUAUUUUAUCCCACCGCUACCACUAUUCUGCUUCUUAGUAUUCAGUCAUGCUGCUCACUUUUUGAUGAAAUCGAAUGAAAUACUUUUUUAUGCAACAGUAAAAUAACAUAGUGUAACUGUGAAAUACAAUUUCUUUUCGUAGUGCUUCCUUCUCAUAACCUGAUAAUCCCAGUGCUCCCUGAUACAUUUUCCACAAGUUGUGCUCACUGUUACCACUACUGAAUAGAGAUAUAUACACACUUCACUCUAUCUAGAAAUCAUUUUGUUAAUGAAUUCAAUUCUUUUUUGUAUACGAAUUUCAAUCAAUCUGUCUCUUGAUUUUCUGCGGAAAAAAGAAACACAUCUAAACUUUUGGUUACUAGUUCACAGUUUUUUAUUCGGUGCUUCUCUCUCCUUUGUAUAUUUUCAUUCUUAUAUACGUGAACAGUUCAAUGUGUGUGUGUUUUGUUCUUUCUUAAACGUUUUGGCCGUUUCACUUUGGAAUGAAAUUUAAAGCUGUCUUCUUUAAACACUUACGCAUUCCUAUCUUCCCAGUUCUCUGACUAGUCACCAGUGUUCGUUUGUUUUCUCCUUUUCUUUCCAGUCUUCUUUUUUUACUUUUUCCAUUAUGUCUUUUAAAAGUAUUACGAUGAUUCUUUCAGAAAUAUAAGAAAUUGAGUCGUUCACUUGUGGAUCAAGUAUUUAGAUAAUAUAUUUUUGUUACACUGUUCAUGAUAUUUUGCAUCUAAUGUGUAUUUUCAUUGUGUAUUACAUGUUAUUGCUUAGUCUCCGCUCUGCCUUCCGCCUAUCAAUGCUUUCUAUCAAUAUUGCCUUCAAAAUAUGUGUUAUUCAUCACUUUAACCCAUUUGGCCUUUGUAAUUUUGUGAGAAAAUCUGUUUUUUUUUUAUUAUUGAUAUUUGAUAUGUAAUAAACAUAAAUGUUAGUGUUGAUUACAUUAACUUUGUUUUUCUGGUGUUUUUAAUGGGUGCAUUAUAAUUUCCGGGUGAUUGUGAAUACAAGGUUAUUUUUUUAACUGAGUCCAUAGCUGGUUGGUGAAGUAUGAUAUAGUUUCCUGGUGUUCCAUAAGUAAGUGUCCUCUUGUUUGAUGUGAUUUUCUUUUCACAAACAAUAAUGACGCUGCUUAACCUUAAAUGUCAUUCAUUUCAGUUUGUUCAGUAAACCAUCUAACAUAAAUUGCUUACCUUUGUUGCAUAGUCAUUAAUAUCCCUCUGUGGAUUUAACCGUUUAAAUUGGUGCUGUUUAAAUUAACAGUAUUAUACAUUGUUCAGGAGUUGUCGGUUACAUUUCAU